CCGUGGUUAGGCCUUUGCAGUGGGGAGUUGUUUGACGGACCCCGCAAGUUUUUCUAUACUUUACCUGUUAUUUUUGUUUGUCUAAAGAAGGGCAAAUACUCAGCUUUUGGCAUCACUUGCUUCGUUAUUCAUUUGGUUUGUCGACGGACCGUAAAGAUUAACAGUUUAGGGCGUGGUACCGGGCCAAAGUAGGAAGCAAGGUAGAUAGGAAGGACGAUAUCGUUGAGUCGGACUGUCCACGGCUGAGCUUAUGAUGCCGACGUUGCGGGAUAGCACCAUGUCCCACCCCGGCGAGAAUUCCCACCAAGUCCGGGUGAAAGCUUACUACAAAGGGGACAUCAUGAUCACACAUUUUGAACCAUCCAUCUCGUACGAAGGCUUGUAUGGGGAGGUGAAGGACAUGUGCUCCAUGGACAACGACCAGCUCUUCACGAUGAAGUGGAUUGAUGAGGAAGGUGACCCCUGCACUGUAUCGUCGCAACUGGAACUGGAGGAAGCUCUGCGUCUCUAUGAACUCAACAAAGACUCGGAGCUCAUUAUCCAUGUGUUCCCCUGUGUACCAGAGAAACCUGGCAUGCCUUGUCCGGGAGAAGACAAGUCGAUAUAUCGCCGUGGAGCUCGACGCUGGAGAAAGCUUUACUAUGCCAGCGGUCACGCCUUUCAGGCCAAACGCUUCAACAGGCGAGCCCACUGCGCCAUCUGUACAGACCGAAUCUGGGGUCUGGGAAGACAAGGCUACAAAUGCAUCAACUGCAAGCUGCUGGUUCACAAGAAGUGCCAUAAACUGGCGACAGUAGAGUGCGGCAGACCGAUGAUCCAUGAUCCAAUGAUGCCCAGCACACAGCAGAGUCAGCUAGACCCACAUGAACAGCCAGGCCCUCAGAAUAAAGACUCCAGAGAAAGUUUGACUUACGAUGGAGAAGAAAAAGAGGCACGGAGUAGCAGAGACACAGGGAAAUCGACUUCCAGUCUGGGCCUGGCCGACUUUGACCUGCUGCGGGUGAUCGGCAGAGGUAGCUACGCCAAGGUGCUGCUGGUACAGCUGAAAAAGACUGAGCGCAUCUAUGCCAUGAAGGUCGUCAAGAAGGAGCUGGUCAACGAUGACGAGGACAUCGACUGGGUUCAAACAGAAAAGCAUGUCUUCGAGCAGGCCUCUAAUCAUCCCUUCCUGGUCGGCCUUCACUCCUGUUUCCAGACAGAAAGCAGACUCUUCUUUGUUAUUGAAUAUGUGAAUGGUGGAGAUCUCAUGUUCCACAUGCAGAGGCAAAGGAAACUCCCAGAAGAACAUGCCAGAUUCUACUCAGCAGAAAUCAGUCUGGCGCUCAACUACCUCCACGAGCGGGGAAUCAUCUACAGAGACCUGAAACUGGACAAUGUGCUGCUGGAUUCUGAGGGUCACAUCAAGCUUACAGACUACGGCAUGUGCAAGGAGGGCUUGAGACCUGGCGAUACGACGAGCACUUUCUGCGGUACCCCCAAUUACAUCGCCCCCGAAAUACUCAGAGGAGAGGAUUACGGGUUCAGCGUGGACUGGUGGGCACUAGGCGUGCUCAUGUUCGAGAUGAUGGCGGGCCGGUCGCCCUUCGACAUCGUCGGCAGCUCCGACAACCCUGACCAGAACACAGAAGACUACCUCUUCCAAGUAAUAUUGGAAAAACAGAUCAGAAUCCCACGCUCGUUGUCAGUCAAAGCUGCCAGCGUCCUCAAAGGGUUCCUCAACAAGGAUCCCAAGGAGCGCCUGGGCUGCCACCCUCAGACGGGCUUUGCCGACAUCAUGGGCCACCCGUUUUUCCGAAACGUCGACUGGGAGCUCCUGGAACAUAAACAGGUGGUCCCUCCGUUCAAGCCCAACAUCUCAGGGGAAUACGGACUGGACAACUUUGACGCCCAGUUCACCAACGAGCCAAUCCAGCUCACGCCUGAUGACGAGGAUGUCGUGAAGAAGAUCGACCAGUCUGAGUUUGAAGGCUUCGAGUACAUCAACCCUCUGCUCAUGUCGGCGGAAGAGUGUGUGUGAGGGGGCGUGGCGUCUGUGCACACGCACACCACACCACACACACACACACACUCAUGCACGUGUUUACGUGGCGUCUCAGUGUCUUCAAGCUGCAUGUUUACGAGACAACCCGAUGACAUCCACCUUCUGUUCGAGGGCCGCACACAUGCACAAGUAGAACGCUUAUUUGCCAAAUCGAAUCUCACACUCUGCCAUUUAUAGCCACUUGUCCUUAAGCCUACCUUCUUUCUUAAUUAUUUUUAUAUCAUGUAAAUCUGCACUGAUAUCAGAAAUAUCUCGUCGGGGCCUCUUUGUCGGUGGCCAAAGUGGCUGCUAAGUUCUUCCAGUGUCGCUGUAUGUGUGGGGGGGUGGGGGGGAAGAGGCACGGCCCCCUCCCGACAGAUGAACUGAGCUUCCUCUUCUUCCAGCUGGUGGGGUGUUUUCAAUCCAUAUUUUAUUUGUACAUACAUGAAAAUACUAAUGAGGAUAAACGUUAGACAGCGACUUUUUAGCUUCAAGCCAGUCGGACAGCACUGACAUCUUAAAGUUUUUUGAAUUAGCUUUGUCACGACGUCCCCCGCCCUUCUCUUGUGAAAAAAUCAUAACACUAGCCUUUUAAAAAAAAAAAAAAAAGGAAAGGAAAAGAG